GGAUACACAUCAACUGUGACGUAGGAAGACCCCGAAGAACUAUCUUCGCACUGCUUAAGUAUAUAAACGGCAUGGAUGCAAGGGAAGUCAUCAGUAACUCGAAGCCGUCCGGUCAUAAACCAUUCAUUCUUCUGAAAACAUGGCAUUCAAAUUUGUAGCCCUUUUCGCCGUACUGGCCGUUGCUAGUGCAGGAGUUGUUCCGGUCCAACAGUUGCACACUUCGUACCACGAGCCCGCUCACAUUGCUUAUCAUCACGAACCGCAACCGACUCUGCUGAAAACUGUUGCUCAGCCAACAUACGUGAAGACCAUUGCCCAGCCCACUAUUGUGAAGACCAUCGCUCAACCAACGCUCGUGAAGCAGGUUGAACUUCACGACGAUCACAACGCUCAGUAUGACUUCUCGUACGGAGUGCACGACGAGCACACCGGCGACAUUAAGGAUCAGCACGAAACUCGUCACGGCGAUCAGGUUCAUGGCCAGUACAGCCUAAUCGAUUCGGAUGGCCACAAGCGUACCGUUGAAUACACCGCUGAUGACCACAACGGAUUCAACGCUGUCGUUCACCGUGAGCCAACCGACAUCAAGAUCCCCCAACCGGUGCACAAGAUUGCCAUUGCCCAGCCUGUUGCCAAAGUUAUCGCUCAGCCAGCUUAUGUCCAUGCUGCUCCGGCUGUUGCCCACUACCACGCUCCAGCACCCACCACUGUGAUCAAAACGGCUGGACUUUCGCACUAUUAAAUGCGGAGGAAAGUUCUGAAAGUGUUGUUGAAGUUAAACCAUGUUUAAGCUGUGACGAUUCAUCUCGAUAGGAUAUAGUACAAAAUAUAUAGUUUUGAAAUUUA